AUUCUUUUUAACCCAAAAAAACUCCUCAAAUCCCAAUCUCUCUCUCUCUCUCAGUCACCCUCUCACUGUUAGAUUUCAUCUCUUUCCAAAUGCCAUCUCUUAAAAGGAGAACCCAAGCUCCGAACCCGUUUCCAUCCGAGACCGGAUCCGAAUCGAAGCGUGAAGGAGGAGAGGAAGAUUACAGCGAUGCGUGUUGCGUGAAAUGCGGGUCGGGUCAGCACCCGGCGGAGCUUCUGCUCUGCGAUAAAUGCGACCGUGGGUUUCAUCUGUUUUGCCUCCGGCCGCCACUCUCCGCCGUCCCUAAAGGCCGCUGGUUUUGCCCGUCAUGCUCGAGUCACCAAAAUUUUGCAAAUUUCCCUCUAGUCCAAACCAAAAUAGUAGAUUUUUUCCGGAUUCAAAAGUGCUCAGGGUCUACAGAGAAGCUAAACUCAGAUUGUAGAAAGAGACGAAAGCGAACUGGCGUCGUGUCUUUCUCAAAGAAAAAAAGUAGGAAAUUGUUGCCCUUUAACCCGAGCGAGGACCCAACUAGGAGAUUGGAACAGAUGGCUUCUCUAGCUACAGCAUUAACAGCAACAGGGACUGAGUUCAGCAAUGAGUUGACUUAUAUCACUGGCAUGGCCCCAAAGUCAGCAAAUCGUGCUGCCCUUGAAAGAGAUGGAAUGCAGGUCUUGUCAAAGGACAAUAAAGAAACAUUGGAUCUCUGUAAGAACAUGAUGGAAAGAGGAGAAUGGCCGCCGCUCAUGGUUGUUUUUGAUCCACGAGAAGGAUACACUGUGGAAGCUGAUAGAAACAUAAGAGAUUUGACGAUAAUCACAGAGUAUGUUGGGGAUGUUGACUACCUAAAAAACCGUGAAAAUGACGAUGGUGACAGCAUAAUGACCCUCCUCACGGCCCAUGACCCUUCCAAGAGCCUCGUAAUUUGCCCUGAUAAGAGAAGCAACAUUGCCCGAUUUAUCAAUGGCAUCAAUAAUUACAUACCGAAUACUGAAAGUCAUACUAGUCCUGGACUUCUGUUAUUUGCAAACGACAUGCAAUCAUUAUUAUAGGUGGUGAAAUGAAAAGAGGCAUAAUGUUGGGGGCGGGAAAAAGAAGCAAAAUGUGAAAUGUUUGAGGUUUAAUGUUAAUGGCGAAAGUCGAGUUCUUUUGAUUGCAAGCAGAGACAUAAAAAAAGGAGAGAGACUGUACUAUGACUACAAUGGGUAUGAAAAUGAAUACCCUACCGAACACUUUGUCUGAGCUCAUUUUGGAUCCCUACUCAACCCAGACAUGUAAGAAGUUGGUCUUAACUCAGUAGUUCCAUUCAUAUGCACUUAGCUUAAUUAUAUUGGUCUCUUCCAUAGCUGCUGCAAAAGCUGCUAAAAAAUGUAGGUGCUUAUGUAUUCCUGAGGUUAGCCUAUCGUAUAAUCAAGUGCAGCCAUCUUAAUUUAACCACCUUGUUUUGAAUUUCUAGAAAAAUUUUCUGAAUUCGAUAUCCAUCUUGAUUAUUUUGUAAUUGAAAUUUUGAUGGUCCGAAUUAUAAAUUAUUGAUCUACGGUGAUGAGAAUGUCUUUAUGAUGUGGUGGUGGGA